AUGAAAGAUGAUAAAGGAAAUACAUCAAUUUUUUAUUGCAUCAAGAAUGCAAACAUUGAAUUAGUUCAUCAUCAUUUUCAAUACUCUAUUAAUUUACUAGAAGAAAACAACGAUGGAACAUUUCCACUUGAUAUUGCACUCAAAUCAAGUAACAUUGAACUUAAAGAACUCGUUUGUAAAUACUAUUUCAAAUUCAAAGCAAAUUUCCUUGAUGACAGAGUCAAAAUGAGAUUGAACACAUAUUUUUUAAGAGAAAGCGAUACAAUCAAAGCUGAAAUUAUAAGAAUGUCAUUGAAAUAUGAAUCUCACCAGUUUGCAAAAUACUUUUUAGAAAUGGUCGAAGAUAAAUUUAUUGAUAAAUACAAUUUAAUGGCAAUUGCCUAUUCAGAAAUUGUUACUCCAAAUGUUUUUUCUCCAUGUAAAUAUAGUUUGAUGCUAAAUAUGGUGUAUAAGAGAUCCAUUGAUAAAUCAAAAUUAGUUGAAUUGGUAAUUAAAAGGAAAGACGUUGAAUUUUUCGAAUUAAUUGCAUCACAGCAACUCGGAUGA